AUGUCCACAAACACUGCCCGCCCCAGGUUUUCUCCUUCGCCGUGUGUCAUAGCAGACACUCGCGACAGGCUCGCGCUAGAAUCGAGAAACAAUGACUGGAUGCCAAUCAUCCAAUGUCCCGCCGACUUUCCCCCACAAGUGUUUGAUGUCGCAGUAUCACAGCUCAUCCAUCAUCCAGAGUAUAAUUCUACUCUCAUCCUGCGUUCCGAAACGCUUGUGGAUACAUCUUCGGACUUCCCGGCCUCUAUACCCCAUUUCGACGGCUUCCGUCCUGUGCGCAACAUUCACAGGAGGUUGCUUCCCCGUAGGCCCGGACGAGACGCCGGUCUUGAGCAACAUUGCACGCUUUAUGCACCCACCAAUGGAGAUGACGACUCUCCCAUCGUCCUCGCCUUGACACCUAUCCCGGAGGCAGGCGCUGCCCUACCCUACUAUCACCCUACCGUCCAUCACCUCGCAUUCCGUUACAUCAUUGCAGAGACUCCUCUCUUGCGAAUAGAGAUCGUUCCACUCGCUGGCACGCCGACGGAUUUCAACUCACGAAUCUACCGCACGUGUCUGGCGUUAUUGGAUACACUGCAUAGGUAUGGCUGGGGUGCGGUCACCAAUUACAAGAAACGAGUCCUUCACGAUUGUGUCAUUCCUCGAGAAGAGUAUCAAGACCUCUAUCUGGUCAUGCGAGAACGGCAUAGGCAUCUUGUCAAUACGUGGCAAGAAGUCACUGACCCUUUGAAGCACGUCUUCGAGGACAUCGGUAUUGCCACAUUCCUCGUAUUGCUCUGGAAGCAUACAUUCGGCAGUCAGAGUUAUGCCUGUACCAGUAGUAAUGCUUCCGAGGAUCCCGAAAGUGAACCUUGGAGAAGUUGGCCUCGUCCACCGGCCGGGUUCCUUGACCUUGGUUGUGGCAAUGGGCUGCUUACCCACAUCCUCACCACAGAAGGCUACGACGGGCACGGCAUUGACGUUCGAGCUCGCACGUCCUGGUCCCAUUACCCGGAAAGUACUCAGGCGCGACUGCACGUUGAAUCCCUGGAUCCUUCUGGACCUAUUGUGGAGCACCCUUUCCUACGGCAUGGAGUGUUCAUCAUCGCGAACCAUGCCGACGAACUCACGCCGUGGACGCCAGUUCUAUCGACGUUGGUCUCCGCUUCCGGAUACCUGUCCAUUCCGUGUUGCACCUGGGCAUUCGAUGCGAAAUAUGAGCGGACGAACACUCCCGACUAUCCAACGCCCAACGACAACUUCAUAGACGGCCUGAAUCUAGGAGGCGAUGGGAGCAAUGCAAGCUCGUACUCAAGGUAUAGGAUAUGGCUUGCGUCGCUCAGCUUGCAUUGCGGAUGGCAAGUCGAGUGCGAAGCGCUUCGAAUUCCAAGCACAAGAAACUGGGCUAUCAUCGGGAGGAGGCGGACGACGCAGGAUACAGAGGAGCUUGAGGAAAUUCGGAGAAGAGUCGAAGACAUCGUCGUCCACGUGCGUGAGAGGGGUCUCUUCAAAACGAGGACGCCGGAAGGAAAAGCAAAGGACCAUUAG